UAAAUCUCUUGUUUUGAACAAAAAAGUGUUUUUAAAAUAAUUUUAUAACAAUUUUAUUAAAGCUAUGAAUAUUUUAUACAUAAUUGGUCUGAGUUUUACUCUUGUGUUUAAUUCCAAUGGAUUUGACAUCAAAUCAAUUGGUGACAGAAUUUCAGAGCUGACAAGUGAGUUAGGAAUAAGUGAUUUGGGAAACGAUGAGAAGGAGAGAGUGGUAUCCGAAGUGUGUUCCCAGAAAUGUACGAAAGAGAUACAGGAGCUCAAGAAGAAUAUGACCGAACUUUAUACGGCUUUUCUGGUUCUUCACGCCGAGUUCGCCCACAUUAACCAACACAUGAUAUUCCACGAGAAAGCUCUGAAACAUAUCGCUCUUAUGGACCAUAAACCCAAACCUUGUUCUAAUCAUCACAACAGUGACCACAACUUCAGAUCUGAUGACCAGAUGAGUAAUGGAACCGAGAGUUCAGUGAACAAGAAUUUGACACAAGAGUUGGACUCUAAGGCAGGCCAUCACCACAAGCAUAAUCAUGGUUCACAUAGCGGUCACCAUCAGCACCAUAAUCAUCACAAUCACAAGCAUAACAAACCUUCUACAGAAUUCAAGCAAUGGUUCGACAAUAUGCUGAACGAUAUCCACCACAACCACAACGAUAUCAACGAGAGAAUUGUUGGCCAAUCCAAUGACUUCAGAGAUAACCAGAAGAAUGCAGAUGAAAUGGAAAAUGCAUUAAAUACUGAAGAUUUAAUUUUCGCAAAGUGUGAUAUGAGACCUAAUCGACACAUUGCUCUUCUUAACCAACAGGACAUCGAGGGAUCAAUUCAUAUGUGGCAACAAAGACAUAAUAGAGGACCGCUUCAUAUGCAUAUCAAACUCAAGGGUUUCAAAGUAGGCAAUCAUAUGCACCACAAUCAUAACCCAGACAAUCAUCAAAGUCAUAGCGGUUCUAGAAGUAAACGGGAAUCCAAUUUAAUGCCCGUUGAGGUUGAGCCCGAAGAUACUACUGGUCCACCUGUGGGCACCUCCCAUAGUCACGGCUUUCAUGUUCACGAAUCUGGAAAUCUGUCGCGCGAUUGUCAAUCAGUAGGCAAUCAUUAUAAUCCGUUAAACUUAACUCAUGGCGGGCCGUAUGAUGUGAUCAGACAUGUGGGUGACUUAGGGAACAUCCGUUGCGACCGAAACGGGGAAAUGGAUUUGGAAUUAAUCUACAGUCAGGUCUCGCUGUCCGGAGACUAUAGUAUUAUCAACAGAUCUCUUGUGAUCCACCACAAACCCGAUGAUUACGGCCGAAACCCUAACAACCCUUCGAGUUCAUCGACGGGCAGUUCCGGUGUAAGGAUAGCCUGCUGUCUCAUAGAAGAGGUCAACCAAUUGCCUAAAGAGGAUGACAGUCAGAGCACCAUAGGAUCAAUCGCGGGACCGGCAGUUGUCACCAGUAAAAGGAGACGCGAGACACGCAGACAUCGGGUAUAUCACAACCAAAACCAUUUCGACGACAACUCAGAUUUGAGCGAAAUAUUGAAAAUGAUUUCAAACUACGAGAAUGACAUCAAACACAGACACAAACACCGGUUUCCACAUUAGACUCGACGGUGAUAAUCAACACAACGACUGCUAUAUUCAGAUUAAAUGCACAUUUUAUUGUUUUAAAGAUUUAUUUAUUUUGUGCUCUUUAGUAAAAUUUCUAUAAAAUAAGAAACUUUUCUUUUAAUAAAUAAGAAAUACAUUUUAAAAUUUUGU